AAUACCUUCAUAUUUGACAUUUAACACUUAUAAUUUCAAGUAUUUUUUUGUUAAACUUUAAAAUCAUUUGUUUUAGUAAAUUCUCUUUUGGCAAUAAUUUUCUUUUAAUCCAAUCGGAAUGAAAUUAACCCAUCCUCAUUUUAUUGUGGGACCAAGUGGAGCCACUGCAUUGACCCCUGGAGGUUCCCAGACCCCACUUUGGAGAGCCGCAUGUCUUGGUUUGUUUCUGUGCGGUUUCAACAGAUGCGCCCCCUGCAGGCUGCCUUCCCCACUGCUCCUCCUCCACCUAUACUCCGCUUUCUGACUCCACGGCUCUUCAUUCACUAGAAGAUGGCGGACUGCGCUCCACUAUUAGAUGAGGAACUCUCGUCCUUUGUCUUCAAUUACCUGACAGAAAACUCCGGAAGCCAGUAUGGGGAGGAGGAGGUGUGUUCGGACCGCUUGGACACCGACUUCCCGGACAUCGACCUCUCCCAGCUGGACACCAGCGACUUUGACAGCGUCAACUGUCUCAGCGAGCUACAGUGGUGCAACGAUCAGCCAGCAGACGCUUCCCCGGCCUCCAUCAACUACCGUACAGCAGAUGAGCUUUUUGAGAUAGAAGAGGAGAAUGCGGCUCUACUCGCCGCUCUGACUGACAGUUUGGAUGGCAUGGUGGAUGCCGAAGUGGGUGGGCUCUCCGUAUUCCCUGCCCUGGGGGAGGAGCCUGACCAGGAAGAGGAGGAAGAAGAAGACAAUCUUCCUCUCAGUGCAGAGGACUUCAGCCAGUCCCUGGGGGCCGAGACAGAGGACCCGUCUCUACUGAAGAAGCUGCUGCUGACUCCUCCCAACGUGCCCACGGGCAUCGACGCACACAAAGAUAGAGUCAACGGCCAUCGCUAUAGCAACAGAAGCUUGCACCUACGAACAGUCAGACCUCUGGUCAAGAGUGACCUCCCACAGGAGCGUAAGCCCCGAGCGGUGCGUCCAGCGGGCCGCCUGUGCACCGAGCUUCACCGCCACCUCACCACCGCCAAGGACUCAGAGGACACCCCUGCCCCAGACACAGAGGAGGACGAAGAGGAAGAAGAGGAUGAGGACAGUGAGUCGGAGGAGGAUGAUGAGGAAGGGGAGGAAGAAGAGGAGGAGUCUUCCAGCAGUGAGGUGGAGGGUGUGGCACUUGUGGCUGCUGUCCCCACUGAGCCAGCCAAGCCUCAGUUCAGCUCAGAGAAAGAACUGCACUCAGUGGUGGAGCUGAUCACCUACAUGCACACCUACUGCUUGCCCACACGCAAGCAGCAGGGCUCGGAGCGUAAGGACCGUGACCUCCAGAGGCCUCGGGCCAGACCUGAAGCCUCCCGCCUGGCCACCACAAGCUCUCACAGCAGAGUUGUCUUGGUGGCUACUCCUGGGACUAGUGGGGCUUUGACUGGGACAGGCAACAGUGCCCCUAGGAGGCUCCCAUUCGCAAAGCGAAGGGAGAUGAAGGCCAGCUCCCUUCUCCGUGAGCUCCUGCAGCAGAGCAGCUCUUUUGAUGUGAGCAAGCCUUACAGACUGCACAGCCCCCCCUACUCCCACUCCCUCAGCCCCAACAGAGAAGGAGUAUCUGCUUCUUCUGCCCUGGCUAAAUCAGCCCCAGCCCACUCCCCCAGCUCCACUACCCCUAAAUUGGAGCUUCGUAAAGACUCUCCGUCCCCUGAGAGGAGAUACUACUCCUCUGAGGUGCCUCAAACCUCUGAGGAAACAGCAGAGGACAGCGGCUCCUUCUCAGUUCGGCGCUCCCGACGUCUGGCGUCCUACCCCAGCCGGUUCGCCAAGAGGCUGCGGCCUGGACGGGCGCGGGAAGGAGAAGGGAAGGACAAGAAGGAGGAGGGACGAGCAGGAGUCAAACUCCUACCAACCCAAGCAGGAGGGGCAACCACGACGGUGACGCAGCCAGAGCUGCUAACAGAAUCGACCAAACCCUGCUGCCAAAACGAAAAGCGAGCCUGCCUCUGUCUGCCUCUCAACCCCAAGUCCACAGCAGAGUCCCAGUACGGCACCAAGCCCUUCGAGCAGACGCUCAGUGUCGAUCUGUGUGGAACGGCAGGUCUCACCCCUCCCACCACCCCACCUCACAAACCAGUGGAGGAUGAGCUCUUCAAACCGGCAGAGGGAGGAAAGAGUGGUGAAGGAGCAGGUGGUGGCAGCAGUGGCGAAGGAGGGGGUUGCAGCGAGUCUGUUCACCUGGCUUCAAGCACCAACGUUGCCACAAAGGGCUCGUCCUGGGCUCAGCGUGCCCACCACCAGCGGAAGCUUCCAGAGCAGACGGAGCUGUAUGCCCAACUGCGCCGCAUGGGCCAGGCAGGUGACAGUGACACCCAUGGCACCUUUGGCGACCAUGACUACUGUGCGCUGAGCCUCAGGGAGAGCCGCAAGCGUAGUGCUGCCAUGCUUGGCGCCAUGUUGCAGUCGCAAGGAGGGAGCGAUGGAGUUAGCACCCUAGCAUCCAAAGCAGCCAACGAUCAGGUAUCGGAUGGAAAGGGCAACGAGAACGGUGAAAAGCUUGUGGCAUCAGAAGACGCAGAACCACUCGAGAAGCAGAAGAUGACAGUGGUGAUAUCAUCAUCGCCGCCCUCAGAGUGCCAGUCCACAGCUGCCACACCACCAGCCUCAGAGGAAGAGGCGGAGCGCUCAUCUGUGUCUCGCUCACCCUCACCCACCCUCCACCUGUGUCCCGACUCCCCCGCCAGCAAGACAGACUCCAGUGAGAACUCGGAGAUCUGUCCUGACGACAAGCAGAGGAACAAAGCCAAGUCUGACGAGGACAACUGCCAGGUGUUUUACAUCCACAACCUGCCAACCAGCGUGACCCAGAACAUGCUGAGGAAACGCUUCCAGGUUUUUGGCAAAGCAGACGACUGCAAAGUCAUCAUCUGCAAUGAGGAGCGCUGUGGGGUGAUAAAGAUCUGCCAGCCGGGGGUUCAGAGACAUUGGAGAGAACGGGAGACUCUUUUCCAGAAUGGACCUGCUGGCCUAAGGAGGCUAACAAGGAAACGCUACAUAGAUCUUGAUGAGGCAGGUCCAGGCCCUGUCAAGAGUAAGUACGAUGCACUGGACUUUGACACUCUGCUAAAGGAGGCCCAGAAGUCACUGCACCGCUGACAGACUGGCCAGCCUUCGUAAACUGCAGCAACACCCCUCCGGCUACACGGCCCUGCCCUCAGACAGGCCUCUCAGUACCUCCAUGCAAGGCAACCUCGCAAAAUGUUUACAUUUUUAUCAUUGGAAUAAAACAACGAGUUUCUUUCACCGGAGGAUACUGCUUAAAAAUGAGGAUGUCGCUGGGAGUCUGGUGGAGUUAAGAGACAAUGGAGGAAAUGGGACUUUUAACAGCAAUGGUACAACAACUCCCAAUGAUGAUGAUACGGUUCUCUGCUGAACAACAAUAAGACAACUUUGUUGGUAACAUCGCCCUGCCUUGAAAGAGUGGGCAUGAGAGACCGCUGUAGCAAAUCCUUGCUAUUCCUGCGUUGUGUUGGUCGUCGUCGUGUGCGUUUCUGCGUGUGCGUGUUCUUUGUUCUGUUUGUUUUGUAAAAAAAGAAGAAAAUCUCCCUCUUUCCGGUCAUGGGUGGUGAGCCUGCAAACUGUGUUCACCAUAAAGUUGUGCGGUUGUAUAACGAGGAAAAAAAAAAAAAAACCUGCUUUGUUUUAGCGAAAAAUUGUGGAUGUUAUAAAUUUUAAAAUCUAUUGUGUGUGUGUUAUGGACAAAGAGUAUAUUAAAAAAACAUUUAAUGUAAUCAUUUGAUGACUGAUAAAAGUUUACAAAUCUAAAAUGAAGAAGAAAAAAAUCAUGUUUUUUUCUUUUUUGUAACUGUAGUGCUUCCUUGAUUUGAUCUAUGCACUGUAAGGAGACAAAUGUCUCCGUUGUCCUCCACUUUCCCCCUUUUGACUCUAAUCUCUAACUCUGUCAUGCUGACUAUUUUGGCUUCUGCUACUGGCUGCUGCAGGUUCUGUUUGGUAGGCGUUAAAAUUAAGACCCCAACUGGAUCCUGGGAAAAAUUUCCUCUCAAAAUUUUUUCCAACCUUGUGAACUAAAGCAGUUAUUGGAAAAGCAUGUAUUUAAAUGUUGCUCAGUGUGAAUGAAUUUCAAAAAAUAUUUACUGGGUUUGAGCAAAUCCCAGGAUUGGCUUCAUCGGUUGAUUCCAUGUAAAUUUUUUCCACACCUAGAGGGGUCUUAAUGUAUCUUGGUAGGGUCCCACUGAACAUGUGUCCAAUAAAGGCUGCAGCCUAAUGACACCCCCCGAAUGCCACAGCCAAUGCAACAGUUACUGUUUACAUUUGGACUGCAGCAAGCAGGAUUAAAAUGGGGAAAUUGAAGUUGGUAGCCAUAGGCACUUUCAGUAAUGAACUCACUAUGAAUUCAUCACAGCCGCCCUUCAUCUAGACCAUCACAGUCCAAUCCUCUUUCACACAAAGUCCAUCAGUCAUUGCAGGGCAAAGUACUGUAAAUGAAUUUCAACUACUUGUAUUGUCCAGGAAUCCUUGGGGUUAGCUUGAUGUUGGGUUUCAAAGAACAAAACAGACAAAUUUUCUCUCAAUUAUCCACCCAUGGAACAUUGCUAUUGACAGAAGUAGACAAAUCUGUUGGUUAAAAUGGAAUGUAUUCAAUAAUCUGAAUGUAAACGUGUUUUCCCCAUUUCUGCUUGCCCAAAGAUUGUGAAGCUUUUUGGUGCUUUAAAAAGGUAGACUUGCUUAGUCGAUUUUGGCUUGCAGUCCAGAUAGCGCCUAAUUUACAUUCCUGAUGCAGCCAGUAGCACCCGCCAUGAAAAGGGAGAGAGCCCAAGCCUGCCAAUCCGGUGGCACCUCACAGCCACCUACAACACAGCCAGGGAAGGAGCAAGGGAUGGGCUUGAAAGUAAUGAAAAGUUUCGGCCGAGAAUCUGGAUUUCUCGUCUGCGAGGUACUGCAUCAGCUGAGCAUCUCUACCUCACAUCCAUCCAUCCCUGCUCCCCCUGUCUUUUUAUUUCCUCAUUCUACUGGCCCCUACCCUCUUAUAAAUGUCUCACACUUUGUGUUUUUUGUCAGAAAUGUUCUCUGUGUGAGGGUUUCCUCAGCUGACGGGCGGGUAUGGGCAGUCUGGGGGGUUUGUGUUUGAUUUUUUUAUACUAUGACUCCUACCACUAAGCCACUUGUGGGGGGAAUAAUCCCCGUCUCUCUCUAAAUCCUUCCUUUGCCGGCCUCAAUACGUUUUUUAGCGGGUCCGUUCUUUUGGAGUCUCGAUCUUGUGUCCUUGUGUAACUGAGUGUUUUGUCUUUGUCUCGUGUUUGAGUCGGACACUGCUGACGCUCGGAGGUUGGCGAGGAGAGGGCUGGAGAGGUUGAACGGUGGCUUGGUCCUUGGUUGAAGAAGAAGAUUCUCCCCCCUGCCCUCGUUUUGUUGUUUUCUUCAGGGACACGCCAUUCCUCCUGAUUUCCCUGUUCCUCCGCAACUGUCCCAGGCAUUUUAAUGAACGCAGCCCGCCUCUUUCUCUAACUUUAACUCUAUCGUUUUCUGUCUCUCGUGAAUUCAAUAAGGCCUUGUUUCCAGGUCUUCUCCAAACCCUGGUUAUUCCCCGCUUUUAAAAAGAUAAUCCCUCUUUCCUCAUCCUUUUCCUUUCUUUAUCUAAUCAACUCCUUGGUAACACACAAAAAAUUGAAUGUUUACAUCACUCGAUUCUCCUUUGACUUUAUUAGGAACGCACACUAAGUACAAAGGCGCCUUAUUCAGUGAUUCAAAAGAAAUAACAGCAAGUAAAGUGGCCUAGAGGGACGCACCUUCUCCAGGCUCACUGAUGUCCAAAACUAACAAAAACAAUUUAGUGAUAUACAUACUGAUUGAGAAACAAGGUACCUUUAAAAAAAAAAAAAAAAAAAAGGGGAGGGUGGGUCUUUAAUAU